CCCAGAUGGCAUGUGGAAGAUGUGUAGGGUUUGCAUAGACAGCGGGAGGACAGCAGGGACCUGGAGAGGCUAGGGCCAAGAGAUGAAGGAGCCUUGUGACAGGAGCGCGGAUGUGUGCUGGGGUGGGCUGUGCCUGCCUGGAUUGUGGCGCCGCCGCCUGGUGGAGCCUGGCACUGAGCCUGUGGGUAGGGGCGGCUGGAGACCGCCUCUCUGCGCGGUCCCUCUACCUGCUGGGGGCGGGGAGGAAGAAAGGCGGGCACCAAGCGAUAGGGUGAGUCACUCCUCUCCCUAGGGUUAGGAGAGGGACUUCUCUCCCUUCCCGGGGUCUGCGCUUUGGCUCCAGGCUCCGGGCUCCAGUUCCGCGACUCCCUCGGCUACUCUCCCGGGCGGCGCGACUCCUGCCUCCCUUCUGAGGCUGCUCCAGUCGCCUUUCUAUAUAGGUGAGGACUAGGUGAACUGUCUGAGCUCCACGAGUCAUAUACUUCACUGCAUUUGUGAAGUCAGAGAGGCCUGAAUUCCCAAGGAAAAUUCCCUAAGCACGAGGCGUCUGUGUAUAAGGUGCUGCAGCUCGAAGCCAGGGCCUCACCCAUGAUAGGCGGGUGCUUUACCAAUGAGCUACACUCCUCAGUUGCAGUGUUUUCUACAUUCUUGGCCCAGAGGAAUUGUUUCCUGUUCUGAAGCUUUUGGAGAGAUCAAGGUUCAGCAUCAUUCCUGAGUCUUAGCUGCUGACUGUGUAUCCAUAGCAAAGGCUUUAGAGACUUGUUUUUUUCAGUGCAAACAAUGACUUUCGUGGACUGUAAUCUCAGUAACACAUGUUUUCUCUGUAACCUGAAAGAAUACCCAGCACUUGUCAGCAAAUCUGUGGAGACCUUAUAAAAGCCCUUGUAACUGAACAGCUGUGACUCCAGGUUGGCCAGGGGCUAUCUUAACAAUAGUAAAUAUCCAUUUGCCUUCUGGAAGAUUCAACUGCUGCCACACAGAACUGCUGCUGAAACACCAUGUCUAAGAACUCAGAGUUCAUCAAUCUGUCAUUUUUAUUAGAUCAUGAGAAGGAAAUGAUCCUGGGAGUCCUAAAGAGAGAUGAAUAUUUGAAAAAAGUGGAAGACAAGAGAAUAAGGAAGCUGAAAAAUGAACUUUUAGAAGCAAAGCGUAGAAGUGGGAAGACUCACCAAGAGAGCAGCAGAGUCUGUGUUCACUGUCAGAAAAACCUUGGCCUCAUCUUUGACCGGGGAGAUCUGUGCCACGCCUGCUCACUCAGGGUGUGCAGUGAGUGUCGAGUCACUGGCCUUGAUGGCAGCUGGAAGUGCACUGUCUGUGCCAAAGUCGCGCAGCUGAGGAUUAUAAGUGGAGAAUGGUUUUUUGAAGAGAAGGCAAAGCGUUUCAAGCAAGUCAAUGUUCUGGGCACUGAUGUUGUUCGACAGUCCAUCUUAAGAAGAAGUCCAGGAUCUGAAGAAAUACAAAGCCAAGAGCAAGCCCACCAAGAUGUAGACAAGUCAGAUACUUCAUCUUCUCUCAGGCAGAAAGCCACUCAUGAUGGGCCCAAGAGGAAGGGAUUUCUUCUGAGCAAGUUCAGAUCAGCAACCAGAGGAGAAAUCAGAACUCCAAAACCUGAAAGUGGGAGGAGCUAUAGCUUGGAUUUAGACAGUCAAACUUUUCAGAGUUUCAAGUCAGCCCCUGGUUCAGACAGGAAAAGUACCGCGUCAUCAGACCUCAUUGACCAGGAGGCAGGACGAGGAACACUGAAAAGCGGCUACAGCAAUGGUGGAAUCCCAGUCACUCAGAGGUCACCAGCCCCAAGUGCUCGUAGUGUGAGCUCCAUCAGCAGUAGAGAACAUGGUUUUGAAAAUUCCAUGGCUUCGGCUGCCAGUGAAAGCGCCUCUGAGGAGCUCAAGAAGAGUCACCGCAGAAACACAUCUAUUACACCCUCCAUAGCAGUGUCUGGUGCCUCUGUUUCCUCAGACUGGAGUCAAUCUGAGUUAGAUUUGAGUGAGUCAUUUACAGAAGACUUAGAGGACACUUCAAGUGUAAGAAGCAGAUCUGUUCCUGGGGCAUUAGACAAAGACUUGAACUCCCUAGAAGAGGCUGAAGAUGGUGCUGAUGACUUAGUGUCCUCUGGGUUUUCUGCAAACCCCCACAGUCUGGCAACUGGUCUGUCAACGAACUCCCAAGCAGGAUCUGAUAGGAAGAGGAGCUACCUAAAUGUGCCUGAUGCUGAUUCAGACACCACCAGCCUUAACAGCAUGAUGAGUGUUUACAGUGAGACAGGAGACUAUGGCAAUGUGAAGGUCACUGGUGAAAUUCUUCUCCACAUCAGCUACUGCUACAAAACUGGUAGCCUCUACAUUGUUGUCAAGAACUGCAGAAACCUGGCCAUAGGAGAUGAAAAGAAACAGAGGACAGAUGCUUAUGUCAAGUCAUACCUUCUUCCAGACAAGUCCCGAAACAAUAAGCGCAAGACCAAAAUCAGGACAGGUACCAAUCCAGAAUUCAACGAAACACUAAAGUAUACCAUCAGCCACACCCAGCUGGAAACAAGGACUCUGCAGGUCUCAGUCUGGCACUAUGAUCGCUUUGGACGCAACAGUUUCCUUGGAGAGGUGGAGAUUGCUUUCGACUCAUGGAACUUUGAAAAUCCAUGUGAUGAGUGGUUUGUGCUUCAGCCCAAGGUGGAGUUGGCUCCUGAUAUAGGCCUUCAAUACAAAGGAGAGCUAACGGUUGUUUUACGUUACAUUCCUCCAGAGGAGAACCCUAUAUUCCCAGUAGGACAACCUCAAGGAAAGAAGACCUUUAAAAAGGGAAAGAAGAAAGAGUCACCUGUCAUCUCUGGUGGAAUACUUGAAGUGUUCAUCAAAGAUGCGAAGAAUCUGACAGCAGUGAAAUCGGGAGGCACUUCUGACAGCUUCGUGAAGGGCUACCUGCUUCCUGAUGAUAACAAAGCCACCAAGCACAAAACUGCGGUUGUAAAAAAGAGUGUUAAUCCUCAGUGGAAUCACACAUUCAUAUUCAGUGGCCUGUAUCCUCAGGAUAUAAAGAACGUUUGCCUAGAACUCACCAUCUGGGACAAGGAGGCCUUUUCCAGCAACAUCUUUCUAGGAGGUGUCCGGUUAAACUCUGGAAGCGGUUUCAGCCAUGGGAAAAGUGUAGACUGGAUGGACUCUCGUGGGGAAGAACAACGCCUUUGGCAAAAGAUGGUUGACAACCCUGGAACAUCUGUAGAGGGAGUUCUCAUGCUGCGUUCCAGCAUGGCGAAAUGUAGGCUCUGAAGGGACCAAUUCUGCAAGAACGACAUCUCUAGUUGCCUGCUGUUUUCUCUCGGCACAGGACUGGGACCUUGAAUUCUGUUUCCCUAUCAUUUCUCACCUAAGGGUAUUAGGACACGAGAGGAGCUAUGUCAGUGUUGUGAACAUUUAGGAUCUUGCUGAUUGUCUAAAAACCAUAUCCUUCUAUAUGUUCACCUACUCAGGCUUCCCUGAGUAGACGAUAGGAAGUGUACCACACCAUCUUGCCAACAAGCAAAACUAUGUAAUGGCUCAUAGGCUUUAUAUCAACAGAAAUGACACAAGCUUAUUGGAAAAUAUCAUUGAGAUUAGGGGUCCUCAAACCUUUCCCAACCAAGUUACUUAAGGUUUCUUCAGUUUGAGAAGAGAAGGGAACACCAAGAAAGCAGAUUGCUUGAAGAAUAACAAAGAGAGAUCCUGGCCACUUUGCUUAUCCUGGGACUGCCUGUGAUGUAAAGAAGGCAUGCUGGGAAUGGUUUGGGAGAUGGGGUAGAAUCCAUUUGUAGUGGCAAACAUCAGGAUGGAGGUGGUAAUGUUUUACGAUGUCCUGGUGGGGUUCUGGUAACUGCAGAAUUCAUCCUCUAAUUCAGCCUCCUUUUGAAAGUGAAGAGAGCUAAAUGAUUACACAUGAUUACACACACACACACACACACACACACACACACACACACGCGCGCACUAAAACAGACACAAACUAGAGUGUGUGUAGAGAAAUUGGAAUAUAAGGUCAUCUUGCUGAUAAACUAGCAAUUAUUGAACUAUGUUACAAAAAUAUUUUGUCUAAUAUUACAAGCCAUUAUGUAAAAAGAAAUAAGAAAUAAGGGACAGUCAAUUUAUAUCUUCACAUUUUGUUCACUAGAGAGACUAGCUAAGUGAAAAGGGAGCUACUCCAGUGUGUGUCUCUCUCGUGCUGCUAUAGGAAAGAGUCAGGAACUCCAUGUUCUCUCUUUCAUUUUCUCUUUAUUCAAGUUCUUAUCUGUUUAUGCUAUUAUAAUGGCAAGUAACAAACCACACCAAAAGUCAAUGACUUAAAAUGAAGACCAUUUUUUUCAUGUCUAUGAAGGUUGGCUAGGAAAGCGCGACUUCCUCCUUAUAGGCCUGAGGAUCCAAAUCAGAUGCUUAUUUCUCAUCCUCAUUAAACCAAAGCCUGAGUGUGGUGAUGGCAGAGGUGUACUUGGAUAAGUCACACUGCUCAAUCACGUAAGUGUGUAUACCUCAUUUGUCAAAAGGAAGCCAUAUUGCUAAGUCCAAAAUCAAUAAAAAAAAAAAAGGAAAUAUGCCUUGCCCACAGUGAUGCCAGUGACAAGAGUGAGUGUUCAAGAAACGAUGGUGAAACAGAGGCCAGUAGUUGAAUCCAUUAUAAGUCCUGUCAUUUUGGUGCCUAAGCUACCAAAUUUAGAAGCAAAGUCAUUUAAAUCCAGAAGGGUUGCCAAGCUUGGUUCUUUAUUUUAUGGGUUCCAACCCUGCCUUCAAGAGAACUGAAAUAACUUGUCCAAGGUCAUGCAGAGGCUGUGACUGAAUCUGGACUUAGCUCCUAGGCAACUUUGACAUGACUCUAUGUUAUCAAGGUGGAUAGAUGAUCACAUGUCAAAGAAAAAUCAUAGUCUGAUUAUUUAAACAUAAACAUACAUGGUCUAUGCCAGAUGUGGUAGGUUAUACUUGUAAUCCCAGCAAUUUGGAAGUGGAGGGAGGAGGAUCAGAAAUUCAAGGUGAGCCUUGGCUACAUAGAGAAUUUUAAUCUAUUCUGGGCUAUAUAGCCAGACCCUAUCUCAGUGGCACCCCAUGCACCAAAAACAUGAAUACUCCAGAUGUUAUGGAAUCAGAUUCAGUUCCUUAUAGCUCAUUUCUUCAUUUUGAUACAUGCAAACCCUUUACAAUCUAACAAAUGAAUGUUAGUAGUAGGAGAACUAAAACCAUGUUCAGAUUCAUUCUACUUAGUUGCUACAUGUUUUUAGAUACGUUUUUGAAAAUUGAAAACUCACUUAAGAAUGUAUCUAAUAUUCUUCAUAGUAAGGGAAUACACAAGCGAUUUCCAGCAUUAUUCAAAAAUAGGUCAUCUAUAGAAAACUCAGUCUAUCAUAGCUCAGUAAAUACGGUACUUCUUAAGGAUUCACACGCCAUUAUGCAGAAAAGAAAGCUAUAUGCUUGGUACUAUUUCUCACAUUGGAAAAAUAAAUCAUCUUCAAACAUGAUUGGAUUCAGUGACAUUUUAGGGGAUGUGAGAAGGUGGUGAUGGUGAAGCCAGUCUCUGGAGUAGAUACAACAAACUAGAUUUAUUCACUAAGAAAAUGUGGUUAAAUAAUUCUUAAAUUUACAUCUUAAACCCAAGAAGAGCAUGAACCUUUGUGUUCAGAUCAAAUUCAAAGCAGUUCUCUGUACAAUUGUUUCAUGAAAUCCAGCAUCUUACUGGGUAUCUCUUUAAUACAAACCCCAGAUACACUAAAUAGAUCAGAAACCACAGGAAAUAUGGGUAAGUCAUCUAUGUUUAAUGCUUCUCCCAGCAAUCUUCUCUUUUUAACAGCAAGCACUUUGGAAUUCAAAAUGAGAUAUAUAUAUAUAUCUUACUCAGCUAUCCACUUUCAUGCAUCCUCCCUACAGAAGUAGAUAUGUAUAUGAAAAAUGAGCACCUAUAGGUGCUUGGGUUUCUGAAAGAUAUCAGAACAAUACAAAACCCACCAACAGAAGUCUGAAAAUCACACACUCCGGAUUUUUUCUGUUUCUAGUUACGAGUUACUUCUCCUCUUGUGCCUCUGAUAGUUCUCAGCAUAACUGUUACCAUUUGGAUUCUUCGGUGCUCUCUUUCUCCUCACUUCUAACCUACUUUCAUGGUAACAUACUUAUGAUGUAAAAUUUGCUUAUCCAAUGCAGACCUUUCUUCUCAGCCCUAGACAAGAUCCAUCAAACCACUUUAGUUAUUCCUGUCACAGCCAAGUAAACAGAGCUAAGAAAUCAUAGGGGGAAACACGUAGGUCACAAAUACCUGUUUCAUAGGAUGCCUUGCAAGCCCUAGGCAACCAAAUGACGAACUAUGACUUUAAGACAAAAUUUACUUAACAGUUGCCACUGAUCACCAAUCUAAGCUUGCCAGCUCCCAGAAAGACGUUACCAGUCAUAUGAACUUGCUUCCAAAACAAUCUGUGUUAUUUCUUCUCUCUUCAAUAAAAGUAUAAUCUUUUCCCUUAUUCUCUCGAUAUACCAGAUACUGCCCUGUGUGUGUGUGUGUGUGUGUGUGUGUGUGUGUGUGUGUGUGUGUGUGUGUGUGUGUGUUAUGGUGUCUGUGUAUAUAGUACAAUUCUAUAUUUCUAUUCACUCUCAAAUAAAACUCCCUUUCUUGAAGAUUGAUUUCUAUAACUGUAUUAUAUGAUGACAACCUAGAUCUAACCACCAGUAUGACAUCUCAGGAUAGCUUCUUUGAAAAUAUGUUCAAACUAAAUACUCUGCUAUCCUUCUUGUUCUCAUCUUCUUGCUCUAGCCUAUCCCAUCUCAGUACUUAGGGGCACCCAUCCUCUAACCCAUGACAGUAACCAGGCAUCGUGGAAUGAUUUUUAUUUCUUGCUUCUCCUUUGCCCAGAAUCAGUCAGGGAAUCAUAUUGAGUCUACUUCUUAACUUUCCUCAUCCCUGUGACAGCACUCAAGUCCGAACUAAUGUCACUGCUUUCUAUGACUCCUUCAGUAGUCUCCCAGCUUUAAUCCUUUUGAAUUGUUUAUUUUUAUUUAUUGUGUGUAUUUAUGAUGUGUAUGUUGCAUACACAUGUGGAGUCCUCUCGUUACCCCUUCACAUAGAUGCUGGGGACUGAACCUGGGUAAUUAGUGUCAUGCUGCAAGUAUGUUCAGCUGCAAUGUCUCUCUGGCUGUUUUCUUUACAGUUAUUCCAGCCUCCACACUAGAAACAGAAUGAUUGAUUCAUCUCAAAAUUGUAUUUUCAAUGUCCAACUAUACAGAAAAGUCAAAAGAACUGCUCUUGACCUAAUGACCUAAAUUUACCAUCUAGCAUUAGCACAUGACUGUACUUGUCUGUGAUUGUAGAGAGGAUAGCUGUCCAUCUCUGGAGUGAUCUAUGUAACUUCCCAUGGGCUUUCAAUUGACCUGAACAUCAAGUUUAAAUUACUGUAGAUGGUCCAGCAUAAGAAGGCUGCUGCCCUUUCUCUAGCGUAUCCCAAGCUGUGUCUCCCCUCUCUGCUUCCUCUCUUUCUCUUUAACCACCUUGUGUGCUUUCUUGUCCACAUUAACCCCAUCCCCAUAAGUCAUCCAGGUCUUCAAUGCUAUGAAUGCUAAUUCCUCAGGAAAGCCUUCUACAUCCUGUGCUGAACUAGGCCACAGAAGCCUGCCUUCAUUUCCCGUUCACUGCACCAAUCACAAUUACAUUCAAUUAUUCAUGUAAUGAAACUUUUGGUGCCUAAGUGAGCUGUCUCUCCACUAUGUAAGGUUCAUAAGGGCAGAAGCAAUGCAUUUUCACAGCCGUAUCCCCAGUGCUUGACUGAGAAUAGGUAAUCAAAACUGUAUGUGAAAUAAGUCAAAAGAAUACAAAAAUAACAUCACAGAGCGUUACAUCAGUAAGCAUUUUUAAAAGCCACCAUUUCAAAGUGAGAGGGGAAGGAGGAGAUAGAGCAAGGGUGGAUAUGGAAUUGCAUGUCUUAACUAGGGAGUUGGGUCAUUGACGGAAUGAAAUGGGGACUACUGAGAGAAAUGAGCUGAAGACUGACAAAGCAUCACGUGUUUGAACAGUAUCCCUCUGACUGCUGUAUCCAGUACAUGUUGAUGAGACAUCAACUUGCAACACUCAGGUUAUUUUCAACUACAAGUAACAAAAUAACAAACUAAAGGUUACGCCAUCCUUAAGCCUAUAAGGAGGGCUUAGUCUAGUUUGCACAGCUGUGGUUUGCAGGCUAGCUAUCCCCUGGAUUAAGACUAGUGAUUCUUCAUCACUGCUGUAGUCACAACGCUGAUGAUUAUUAGGGUAUCUGAAUGAAAACUGAAGAAGGGAGAGAAUGUUGGCAAACUAAAAGUAAUUGACAGAGAGAUAUUACUUAAGUUGGACAAUAGUGUCAAUGCUUUCUAGGAAAUCUGUGGACACUACAGAUAAAAUUUAAGUUUUCAUAUAUGUUAUUCUUUAUUGUUAGUCAAUGCAUUCAAUAAAUUAUUUCAUGCACAUUAAAAAAAAUCACUAUUUCCAACUCCCAACUAAAAAUAAGGGAAAACUGGAGCCCACACUGAUAAAAAAAAUUCUGAAGGUGCUUGCAAAUUGGUCUUUUAAAAAUACUCUUUCUAAGUUAGUAAUAAUGUAUUAUUUAAAAACAACUAAAGGACAAGUUUUAAUGUUCUCAGGACAAAUGAUAAAUAAUUAAUGUGAUAGAUAUGCCAAACAGACUGAUUUGAUAAUUAAUUUGUAUAUAUAUAUAUAUAUAUAUAAAAACACCAUACCAUAUCCUUCUAAAUGUAUAUAAUAUUUGUUAAUUGAAACAGAAAUCAACCUUCUGUAAUACUAUAGUAAUAGCCCUAGACAGGUGAUAAGCUUUUCAGGAGAAUAGAAGACAACCUUGCCUGGAAUAUUUCACUCCUUAUUUAGAGAUUCCAGUGUUCAAUUUUUCCAUGAAUAAACCAAAAAUGUUGUGAGGAGACAGAUAAUCUUAAAAGCCCGAUUUUAUCUUUAAAGGCAUAAAUAGCACUUGCAACAUAUGAACAUAAUAAUCUCUUAUUUCACUCAUUUUGUUAUCACUGUACUUACUAAUGAGAUGUAGAUUUCCUAGGGCACAAAAACAAGGAAAGUUUGGAACAUCCUAUGCCUCCUUUUCUUUAAAAGGUCAUUAAUAUACGACUAAUGACAAGUACAUACUUAAGUAGAUAACAAAUGAAUUGCACUCACCUGAUUCACAGUAAUGGGAGUCAUGCAAUCCUCUGAUACUCCAAAGUUUAUAUUUGGCUGGAAAGAAGAAAGCCAUGGAAGAAAUAAUGACAAGCCCUACUUGUAGGAAUAAAGGUAUUAGAAAUAUCAAGUCCAAGAAUCCUCUGAAACUGGAGCAUUUUAAGUUGUGAUCAGUGUUGUUUUUUUUCCAUACAAUAUGUCUCACAUUGAUCUGAACACUGUCGCUAGAAAUUAACAGGACCUUUCCUUCAACAAUAGUGCCAUUUAUGACCUUUGAACUAAGACAAGAAACAGCAUGUACAAAUAUAUACUGGAAAAUCAGGAAUAUUGUGACAUAUUAAGAAUUAGGAAAGAUUAUCUGAAGCAUUAUUCCAUUUUAAAACGAGUUACAAUUUGAGAAAUGCUGUAUUUAAAAGAUAAACUCUGCCUCCUAAAUAUCCCAUAACCUUCCCAAAUAGCACCACCAACUGAGUACCAAGUGUUCAAACUCAUAAGCCUGUGGGGUCAUGUCAUGUUCAAACACAGCACAAUGCAACCAGGAUGAAGUGAAAAAAACUUAACCCUGGUCUCAGAGGACCUAAGUUCAAAUCUUGACUACUUACCAAUCAAUCAUCGGAAGUCAGUUAAUUAUCCCAAAUAGCCCUUGGUCUGUUUGACUGUCAAAUGGAAAAUAGUCUCCUUUAGAAUAGCUAAGAUAUUGAGCCAAUGACGUGGCUCAGGAAAUAGAAGCAUGAUGGCAUGAGUUCCAUCUCCAAAACCCAUGGGAGAAAGAAAGCAGUGACUCCCAAGGGUUAUCCUCUGGCCUUCACAUGCAUACUAUGAAACAUACAUGUAUGCAGAUAUGAAUAAAUUUUUGAAAAAUGAAGAUACCUAAUGAAUUAAUGUACAUAAAAUAUGGCUUGCAAAAUGUAAACUACUGUAGAAAAAUGAAUAACUUUAACACUUUGUGAUUUAUAAUCUCUUUAACUCUUCGUAUUAGAUGCUGGGUUGGAUCUUAAGCAUUCUAUAUACAAUAAAGUGCCCCCCAGUGUACAAAAAAUAUUUGAAAAGAUACCUAUUAUGAGACAUACUAUAGUUUGAAUAUUAUAUGUCCCCCCAAAGGCCAUGUGUUAAAGGAUUAACCACUAUUGGGAGGUAAAAUAAAGUUGAAACAGUGGAUCACAUGUGACGUCUUCAAGUUAUAAGUGGUUACUAGGAUCCUGGCCCCUUCCCACCCCCAAUCCAAGCCAUAAAAUAAAUAGUUUUAUCAUACUUUCUUGCCAAGAUUUUUCUGGCCCACCACCAGAGAACUAAAAGCAAUGAGGUCAACAAACCAUGGGUUAAAACCUCCAAAUCCUGUCUAUCUCAAGUAUUUAUUACAGUAAAUGGAAUGCUAACAAAUGCGACAAUUUACUUUAGGCCAGAAUUUCAUGUUUCAACUGAUUUGUUAAUGAAUGUUACAGAAUAUAUUUAAUUUACUGAAGAUAAAAACUAUAGCCCAGUUUUGUUUAUGUGAUAAAAUUGAGAACCUGCUAGCAAUCCAACAACCCAACUUUCCUAUCUUUACUACCCUUUCCUCAGAUCUUCUCCCAGAGUAAAAGCCAUCUUUUUCUAUGGCCUUCCUUAUUCUCCAUGACAUAUUGAUGAAACCUGCCUUUCUCACAAGAAUAUUUUUCAAGAUAACGCUUUUAAUCUACAGAAACAAAAUUACCAUUCUGUUAAACACACACCCCAUAAAAAACACAAACUAAUAUGUCACCAUGAGUAAGCCAUAAUAUUUCAAAUAUGAUCAGUUGUGCUUUAUUUACUUCACUAGAAUUCAUCAACCUAUUCUGGAGAAGGAUCCUUAGAAAAGUGAAAUUGAGUUCGUAUUUAGUAUAGCCUGUAAGUAACAAAAUGUUCAUACUUUUAUCAAACAUUUUAACACAAGAAGAAAGUUAUCUGUGUUUUCCCUUUUCUUUAAAUGAGGCUGAAUUGAUGCACACAAUUGAAGCAAAGUUGAAGUCAUUAGAAUCUGGCAGGAGGUCAGAGAGCUAUCUAUGUGUUAUCUGUUGUUAAAUAUACUAAUGCCAAUAAAGGGAAUCAGAUUAUACUUGCCACAUAAUUUUAUACUUACCCAGAUUCUAUUUGGACAUCAGAAAGUUCAAUCUUGUUUGUGAAAAUGCAUAGGAAUUGAUGAAGCACAACCGUAAGACUUUGUUUUCAUUCGUUCUCUUUUAGAAACAAGUAAGAAUGGAAGCCACUCCAUCACAAGCAGUCAUGUCAAUCACUCAGAGCUAUUUUAAAAGAGAGAUUAUUGAUUUCCAGCUGACAUAGAGAAAGGGACGUCUAGACUUUUUCUCACUCUUUCUGGUGCUCCUUGGGUUGAUGGAGUACACACAGAGGUUUAGGAGAUCCUUUCACUGCUUUUUUGCACAUAGGUUUCUGGAAAUACCAUUCCUCAAUUUAAACUCUUUCCUGGCACCUCAGGACCCAGGUUAACAUUAUUUACUUGCAAAACAUAUGAAUUAUCAGAGCCAUGUGAAGACACAAGGUACCCUGGUAGCUUCCUAAGGUCCCAAGAGGCAUUGAGCAUCACUGCAAAUAUAACGAAGUAGGGAACUGCUCUCAGGAAGAAUAUGAUAUUAACAGGAAAAAAAAAAACCAUAGUAGCUGCUUGAGUGUAUAGGUGAGGUAGAGAUCCUGUCCCUGAAGAGCAAUUCAUGAGUAGUAGAUUGCUUUCUAUGGACAGUUUUAGGACGAUGGUGUUGUUUUGCUGAAUAUGAUAUACCAGUUUGGGCCAGACAUAAAUUGCUAAGAACAAAAGGGAAAGAGGAGCUUGCCUUCCCUGAGGGCUUCCUUUGUAUCUCUUCCAUCAGUAAAGUGUGCCUCAAUGUAAAGUCGUACAAAUAUUUAAGGAGGUUAUUAAAGCCAUAAAGUGGUGGGGCACAGUUGUAACCCUAUCUACUCAGGAUGGUAAGGCAGGAGGAUCAUAAGUUUGGGGCCAGCCUUGGUAACUUAUGAGGGCCUUGUCUCAAAAAAAAAAUUUAAGACGUGAGCUGGAGCUCAAUGUUAGAGCCCUUGCCUCACAUGUGUGAGACCCCGGGUUCAGUCGUCAGCAUCAAAAGUAAAUUCAAUUCAAUUGAUCUGAGAAAUGCAUCACCUCAUCAGCUCAGGUACUGGCCCAGCUCUGUGACUGCACUGAGUGUCCCAUUUCCAGAGUAAGCAUUGUACUGAUGAGCAUGGGUUUAGUGGAUUGCAGAAGAAAGGCACAUUUUCAAUGUCUCAUGAACAUCUAUGAAUCACUGGGCCACAGAGUUAGACCUAGUCUUCAGGAAAAAUAAAAGGGGCAAUUUUCCCAAUUCUGUUAUAGACUGAAUCAUCCAUACACAUGUUCAUUCACUUGCCAAGGUACUCACCUAAACUUUUUUUUCUGGUAGGAAGUUGACCUAUUUUGCCUGCUUAUAGUUAACAGAUUUUAUUUCUUAGGGAAAAUUUGGGUUUACGGAAAAACUGUGCAGAAGUUACAGGGCGAUUUAAUAUACUGUCCAUCUCUACCGUUUCUCUAGUUAUCUCUUUUGUAUCAGUGUGGCACAUUUAUUAGAAUUGAUGAGACAAUAUUUGGACUUUUUUUUUUGGUUUUUCGAGACAGGGUUUCUUUGUGUAGUCUUGGCUGUCCUGGAACUCACUCUGUAGACCAGGCUGGCCUCGAACUCACAGAGAUCUGCCUGGCUCUGCCUCCCGAGUGCUGGGAUUAAAGGCAUGUGCCACCACUGCCCGACUUUGGACAUUAUUUUUAACUUAAGGUAAUACUUUAUAAUAAGGUCCAUGCUUUGUAUUUUAGAGUACUGCUUGCCUUGAUAAAUGCAUAAACCAUAAAGAUUCCUUAUAGACUUGUUUCUUUUGCUUAGCAAUAUGCAUUUAAGGUUCUUUCAUGUCUUUUUGUGAUGUGAUACUUCAAUAUUUUCUGUGGUAAGUGCAAUUCACAUGAUACCAAUGCUCUUCACAAAAUUUUAAGUGCAAUGCAUAUACAUUUAUAUAUAUAUGUAAGUUUGCUUUUAUGUAUAAACUAUUCAAAGUAUAGAACAUUGAGAAAUCAAAUGUUUUAAUCUCAGGAGAUGAUAGGAAGUCUGCAUUCAUUUGGCUAUUUUGUAAUUGUUGGCUACAAAGUUCCUCUUUGCUUACCUUAACAUGUUUAGCACAAAAUUAGUAAUAAUAAUAUUUAAAUGUUUAAUAUGUUUAUUUCUAAGCUUCUAAAUGGGGUUUUAUGCUAGACUAAUGAUGUAUGCCAUCUUGGAAAUUAGGCAAAUGGUAAUGUAUUGUUCAUUAAAUUCACUUUCCUAUUAUCACUAA